AUGCGUUCCGCUCAAUUCCUUGCCCUCGCGAUGGCCGUCGCUACCUCCGACGCCAUCUCCCAGGGCUUCAACUACGGUGCCCUGAAGGUUGACGGCAGCCUCAAGACCCAAGCCGACUUCGAGACCGAGUUUGCAACUGCUAAGAAUCUCGUUGGAACCGACAAUGCCUUCACCAGUGCCCGUCUGUACACCAUGAUUCAGGGUGGCACAACCAACGGCCCCAUUGAGGCCAUUCCCGCUGCUAUCAAGGAGAAGACCACCCUUCUCCUGGGUCUCUGGGCUUCCGGUGGCGACAUGAGCAACGAGAUUGCUGCCCUCACAUCCGCCAUCAACACCUACGGCGACGACUUCACAAACCUGGUCGUCGGUAUCUCCGUCGGCAGUGAGGAUCUUUAUCGUGUCUCUGAAACCGGUGUCAAGGCCAACGCCGGCCUUGGUAUCGGACCCACCGAGCUUGUUGACUACAUCAACCAGGUCCGCUCCGCCAUUUCCGGCACUUCCCUGAGCGGCGCCCCCAUUGGCCACGUCGACACCUGGAACUCAUGGACCAACGGCUCCAACUCUGCUGUCAUUGAGGCCGUCGAUUGGCUCGGUUUCGAUGGAUACCCUUACUACGAGAACACCGACCCCAACUCCAUCGACGACGCUAAGGCCCUCUUCAACAAGGGCGUAGAAAAGACCAAGGCUGUCGCCGGCGGUAAGGAGGUCUGGAUCACCGAGACUGGCUGGCCCGUUACCGGCCCCACUGAGAACCUCGCUGUCGCCAACGCCGCCAACGCCAAGCAGUACUGGGACGAGGUUGCCUGCCCCCUGUUGGGCAACACCAACACCUGGUGGUACAUCCUCGAGGAUGCCGGUACUACCGCCCCCAGCUUCGGUGUCACUGGUUCCUCCACCGACACCACCCCUCUGUACGACCUGAGCUGCAAGGCCUCCACCUCGUCCAGCUCUGCCGCCGCUUCCUCUGGCACCUCGGGCGCCGGUCUCCCUGAGAAGUCUGGCUUCGUGUCUUCCGCUUCUGCCUCCCCCACCGGCUCCACCUCUGCCGGCUCCGACGCCUCUGGCUCCGGCUCUGGCUCCGGCUCUGGUUCCGCCAGCUCCUCCGCUGGCUCCUCCUCCGUCCGUCCUACCUCUGCAGCUGUGACCAGCGGUGUCCGCCCCUCUACCAAGCCCAAGUCCAAGAGCGCUUCUGCCUCCGCCUCCGCUUCCGGGGCUGCCUCUAGCUCUGUCCCUGGUUCCUCCGCUACCGCCACUGGUGGCAGCAACUCCGGCUCAGGAUCCUCUGCCUCUGGUUCCGGUUCCGGCUCUUCUUCCUCCGAUUCCGCCUCCGCCUCCCCCAGCCUCCCCGUCAGCUCUGCUACCCGUGUCGCCGGCUCUGCUGCCGGUGCCCUGGUUGCUGCCCUCGCUCUUGCUUUCACUCUCUAG